CCCCCACCCCACCACCACCACCGCCCAUGGCUUGCCGAUUUGACGCAAAACUGCUCUGCUCUGCACACCCAUUCGCUCUCCUCCCGUGCUCUGCUCCGCUCAUCCAGAGUCACAGCAACUUCUUCCUCCUGGCCGCAUUCCCCUUCCCCAUUCUCCCAGUCCUCGCGCCCGCAUUCCCCUUCCCCUCCUCUGCGCCGCGCCGGCAACAAGAUGGUUCGCACUCGCGGCGGCAAGGACAACUGGGUGUUGCCGCCGGACGCCGGCGUCCCUCUCGGUGACGACGGUGUCCAGCUCAAGGAGGAAGAAGGGGAGACCGCAGCGACGGUGAUGGCGGCCGCCGCCGUCGCCGCCCCGAGAGUGGAGAUCGCCGUCGAUUUCGACAAGUCCCUGCUGGACUGCCCCCUCUGCUCCUUGCCACUCAAGCCUCCCGUCUUCCAGUGCCCGGCGAAGCACGUGGCGUGCGGCCCCUGCGCCGAGAGCCAGGCCAACAAGUGCCCGGCGUGCGACGGCGCGUACGAGCGCGACGAGGGGGCGGACCGCUACCUCCUGGCGGUCAGGGUGCCCUGCCCCAACCAGGCGUACGGCUGCGGGAGCUCCCUAGUGUACUGUAUGGUGAGCGACCACCGGCUGGUGUGCCCGCACGCGCCGUGCCGCUGCCCCGAGCCCGGAUGCGGGUUCCUCGGCCCCCCGCCCGCGCUCCGCGGCCACCUCGCCGAGUGCCACCAGUGGCAAGUGACCGACAUCGCCUACGGGUCCGUGCUGGAGGUCCAGAUGCAGGCGCUGGAGCAGGGGCGGCGGCUGCUUGCCGCGGAGGACGGGGAGCGGCUGUUCCUGCUCGUGGCGAGCGAGCGCGGCGUCAAGGUGGUGCGCGUGAGCGCGGCCGCGGAGGAGGAAGGGCCGGCGGCGUCGUGGUACAGGUGCAAGGUGUGGGUGCACGCGCCCGUGGACACGGACACCGGCCACAUGGACGUCGUGAUGCUGGACGCCAAGGGGAGCUGCGCGGUGCCCUCCGAGGAGGCGGCCAUGGGCGCGGGUGGCAGGUGCCUGUCGGUGCCGUCCGUCGUGCCGGCGCCGGAAGGGGGAGGGAUCGUCCUCCGUCUCCGCAUCGACAAGGAGGUCAAGGCGAGCAGGAGCCCCCGUCCCCGUGGCUGAUUACUUACUUGGUCACCUUGGGCUCCUUAUUAUCUACUACUCGCCUUAACCUGGAGUACUAUAUAUAUUUACCAUGGUUGGACAUUGGUGAUUUGGUAGUGAACUGGUGGUAGUGAUCGAAGGUUGAACCAUGGUUGGGCUUUGAUUGAUUCUGUCCAUGGCAAUGUUGGCCAAUGUAUCGCGCAGGCUAUAUAUGCAGCUGAUCACUGGUAAGUGGUAACUAGUGAUCCUACUUGGCUUGCUUGCCUGUUCAUUUUACUGCCGCAGUUCUUGCGAGGAUGAAUAAAUGUCACUUUGUAGGAUC